UCAGAAGGUCUUCUCCCACAUCUACCGGAGCCGCUAUACUCAGUCACCCAACCGUCAACUAAUAAUCAUGGCCGAAGUGAAGGAGCGCACAUUCAUCGCCAUCAAGCCCGACGGCGUGCAGAGGGGCAUCAUCGGAGAGAUCCUCAAGAGGUUCGAGGUGAAAGGCUUCAAGCUGGUUGCCUUGAAGAUGCUCCAUGCCUCUGAUGACCUCCUGAGGCAGCACUACAUCGACCUGAAGGACAGACCAUUCUUCCCUACUCUCAUCGACUACAUGAGCUCUGGUCCCGUGGUCGCCAUGGUGUGGGAAGGCAAGGGUGCAGUGAAGACAGGCAGAGUGAUGCUAGGUGAGACCAACCCCGCUGAGUCCAAGCCCGGAACCAUCAGAGGAGACUUCUGCAUCGACGUCAGCAAGAACAUCAUCCACGGCAGUGACUCAGUGGAGAGUGCCAACAAGGAGAUCGCUCUGUGGUUCAAACAGGACGAGCUGUGCAGCUACAGCAGCUGUGCCUACAGCUGGCUCUACUGAGCGGAGGUUGUUACAGUGCAGCAGUCCACACUCUCUGGUUGGAAACCAGUGAAACAUUUUGCCUCAGAUUUCCCAUUCUCACCUGUAGCCUGUGUCUCCAUUCCAACACGUCAUCAUACUGUACUUGGACCUGCUCUGUGUAGAGGUCCACGUCUCCUCCGGACUCAUUCCAAAGCUCCAUUCCCUUGUAGAAACAUUCCAUUCAUUUCAUGUUCAGCGAUGACUUGAACCUGUCUGUGACUCAGUUUUGUUAAAGGUGAUCUGCUUUCCAAUAAAAUGCUCACAAUACCCA